CACAAUUCAGCUGAUCCUGUUCGCUCGAACACUUCAACAGGAUGCAAAUCAGCACGCCGGAUCCAGCAAGACUCAAGUGACAAGCGAUUGGAAAGCAAGAAAACUCGCGAAUGCCGAGAAAGGGUCGAGCGCAGACGAGAACGCGGAUGGUACCCAGGAGCCGGCCUUCCAGCAGCCAUCGCUUGGUCGGAACACCCUUCCGCAAAACGGCCUACCUCUGUUUCCAUUGAGACUCUGUCAACGGAGUUUGAUAGCAUUUCGCUCAAUAGAAGGCAUCGUAUCAAGCAGCUUACGUCAAGACACAGUCAACAUGGCGGAGUUCUCAGUCUCACUGCCUGUCUCGGGCGCGCAAGUUUCACUUUCGUGUCCAAGUCGCGAAGCCAGUGCUCUGCAAAAUGGCCGGACUCCAGAUCAUUCGCCACCCCCUUUUGCAAUUACAAGCUCGAUUCCUCUUUCUGAAGGGCCCCCAGAGAUCUCUGGGCUGCAGACAGAAAUUAUGCUCGCGCCUCCCAGCCUUCCUACUGAUCCAAAGUACCCACCGCUUGACCCCGAGCGGAGGGACUUGACAACGGCGGCAGCUAAGAAAAAGAACGAUCAGAGGAAUCUGGAGAUGGUCAGCGACAAAGUCAAAGAGGAUCCGCCUAUGGGUAUCAGGAUAGUACUGAAGAAGGAGAAGCAGGCACAAAGGCCGAAUUUGAGGAAGCGAGCCUUGCGUCCAAGGACACCGCAAGAGCUGGUUCAGACUCGCUCGUCAAUUAGGACCCCUGUUGCUCGAAAGGCUUCACCUUCUCGCCAAACCCGUGAUGGUUCAGUUUCGGGUGGGAGUGAAGUGCAGGCUGAUGCUGCACCGGGGCCGAGCUCUUUAAGCCAUUUGGGGCGUACUUCAUCGGCACCGGCACUCGUCACUCGACCUUUAACAAACGGUGCGACGCUUGCGCAUCCGUCACCUCUCAAGGGCAAGGCUAUAGAGGUUGAGGCACCACCUGCUCCAGCGCACGCCUCAAACUCACCAAUAGGAGAUAACGGCAUCGGUAGGUCACGCUUGCUGGAAAGCGUUAUCGAGAGGCAGAGCACCCCAUCGGAGGUAGGAAGCACUGGCUCGCGGACCACAAGAGGAUCACUGAAGCGAGGCAGAUCGUCUGGGGCAAGUGCCGUGGAGACACCGACGAAGAACAAGCGAAUUACCCUGAACGUCAAGAAGAAAGAUGGGCUAUCGCCAUUGGGCGCUGUGGCAGCUGCACCUUCAGAAGAGCAGAGCUUCUCAGUAGAGAGGCCAACGGGUGGUGAAAUGGCCGAGGCUUUGACUGCCGAGGCGGAUCGUGCGACGACGCCGGCGCCAGUCGCCCUCGCUCCACUACCACCCGCUGCCUACCUUGUCAGCCUGACCGGCUCACCGGUGAAAUCAAGUAGCAUGAAAUUCGUCGUUGGAGCGAAGAUAGAUGAUGGGCAACAUGAUCAUUGCGAGGUUUGCAAAGGGACAGGGCGUUUAAUUUGCUGUGACAGUUGUCCACGCUCCUUCCACUUUCAUUGCCUCAACCCGCCGCUUGAUGUGGAUGAAAUGCCUAACGGAGAGGGGGCGGAUGACUCAUGGCUGUGCAAGGUCUGUGCCACAGCCAAGACAGGGAAGUCUAGACGGAAAGGGCUGUUUGCCCCGCUUUUUGCCAAAUUGGAUGCGGAGAACCCCACGCUGUUCGAAUUGCCGCAAGAGAUCCGCCAGUAUUUCAAGGGUGUCGGCACCGCUAUCGACGGGGGCUACGUGGACGCCGCAAUGUUCAAACCGAUCAAGGUGUCAAAAGGAGGCUUGAUCGAGGAUCGGGACCCUUAUAAGCUGAAGGACAAGAAUAACAAGCCAGUGCUGUGCUAUCGCUGUGGCCAGAGCGCUCUUCCCGUACAGCUUCCAGAAAAGAACGUCAAGCCUCCGAGCGUGAAUGACAUGGACGAAGACCCUUCGCCCCCGACCUCUGCUAUCUUCUUACAGGCUCUUGCAACUCCGCGCUACGACUCUGAUCAAGGCGACUUCGUCGAUUGGCGGCCGAUCAUCAGCUGCGACUUCUGCAGCCUGCACUGGCAUCUAGACUGCGUUGAUCCGCCGAUUGUCAACAUGCCAAGUCUGACGCGACGAUGGCGUUGUCCCAGCCACAGUGAACAUGCACAUCACCCAGCGCGCAUGCCGAAGCUCAUCUCAUCGGUUAGCAGCGUGGAGCUGCCAAUUCCGUCGGAGAGGAAUAUCGGUCCUGGCAGAGCGUACAGAACGCGAGUGCGAAACAAUGGCUUGAUCGACAUCGUACCCGAGGCCUUGGACAAGGUCUUCGACAUGGAGACUGGGGCUGGGCGGGGGCUUGAAUCUGGGUACCGGGAAGAGCGGGUUCGCUUCAAAGUGCCGGAGAAGGUUAUCCGCACGGACUUUUGGAAUCGAGUCCGCAAUGGCGGCCAGAGCUUGCAGAAGCUCUUCAACGAGACGAAGUUCGACGCCGAGGAGAGGGGUGCCAAAUUUGUCGAAGUUCAUGAGUCGGAUUUCUGGUAUAAGGUGCCCUUACUCGCCAUGGGCUCUAAACCGCACUUGCAGCUUCUCGCCGACGUAGCAACACUCGCUACGCGCCGAGACGAGCUCGCGACCGGCGAUUUGCCGCGGGACAUCAUGAUGGGUCCCGAGCCGGCCAACGUUCGCAAAGAUUUGGCAGCAGCAAUGAAGCCCAUCCUUUUUCCCGAGACGAUGGACCAACCCAUCGCCAUUGCGCAAGACUGGCACUGGCUCUAUGAUAAUUUCGAGCCUUCAAAUGAGCGAGGUGCCGAAUCUACAGAGGAAGAGCAGGCCCACCUCAAACCUGACGUAGAUGGACGCGCACAGUCGCCUGGCUCUCGCGCCUCUUCCCCUCUCUCCGACGUCAGUUCGUUGACGGAUGUUUCCGAAGUAGGGAGAUCCAUCAGAAAGAUCCCACCGGUGAAGGUACGCCGACCGGGGGCGAGUAAUGGCAAAAUGGCAAAUGGCGGCCUGCAGACGACCGCCUCAACGGUGGCUAAUACCUCGUCUGCUGCCGCUGCCGGCGUGGAGGCUGCCAUCACCGUGCGUGCGCCUCCGAUCUUCCCCAGGCAGUCGACGGCGCUGGUCAGCUUGGAUCGCCUCAAGCAGCUCGCUGCUGUGCAGAGGCUGAUGGAGGCGAAAGGAGAAGAGGCGAUGCUCAAGUUCCUGCUCGAGCCCAUGAAGUCCGGAGACGCGAGACCUUAAAGGGUUGCAGCAGAAGGAGCGAACGCUGUCCAAUGCUGUAGAACAAAGUUAGAGGAACAGCUU